AUGAAUACAUGCCAACAGCAACCACGAAAUCUCGGUGAAUGUUCAUCAUCAAUUGUCAUGAAAAAAGAGCACGAAACAAUCAGAGAAGAAAAUUAUUCAUCAAGUGAUAUCGAAAGUGAUAAUGACGACAGAUCACAAGGCUACCAAAACUCGAAGAAACUUAGCACUGAUUAUCUCAGAUAUUACAUUGUACAUAAAGUAGGAGCACUAAAACGACGUUCCUCACAUAAAAAAAGUAAAAGGCGUCAAAAACAAAUGUCUGUGAAAUCAGCUUGUGCGAAUAGAAAAUCUUCAUCGUUAUCUCAUUCCAUCGGAAGUGCACCACCGCUGUUUAUUGUACCACCACGUCAAACGAGUGUGGUUUUAUCAACAAAAGAAUCAAACGAAAAUAAAAUAAAAUUAGAUAUAAGUUGUAUGUGA